AUGGCCUUCCCUGUGCCAAAACCCACCAUGGACACCUCUGACCCCAUGCCCACAACCAACACCUUUGUUCGAACGAGUCAUUGCAACGAUCUUAUUGAUGACACAUGCAAAGGGACACCAAAGCCCGUCCUCUGUGUCUCCGUUCUCAGAGCAGACCCCCGAAGUGAAGGGGGUGAUGUGAAUGAUUUUGCCUUUAUAAUGGUCGGUGAAGUCGAAGUUAAGGCAUCUGAUGCCAUGCAACAGAUCGGUCGGCUAAGUAAAACCAAACCUGUAAGUGAUUGUCGAGAAAAUUAUGUUGUCGUUGUUCGAGAUGACAUACCCCAAGCCGAGGAUGCGGCUAAGGGCGGAGAUGCCGGCAAGGCGACGCAACUCAUGAAUGACGUUGUUGGUAAGGCUGAUUCAUGCGAACGUGGUUUUCACGGCCGUUCUCUUCUAACUAAGUGGAACAAUGCUGUAAAAGAUUUCGCUUCUGUGGCUGCAGCAUUAUCAAGCAAGAUUUAA